AUGGGGAACUCGCUGGUGCGCGUGAACGGCAGGCUGUACGAGGCGCUGGGGCCGCUGGGGGAGGGCGGCUUCGCGCACGUGUACGAGGUCCGGCGCAACGGCCGCCGGGGUGCGCUCAAGUGGACGCGCGGCGUGACGGAGGGCGAGGACCUGGAGCGGCUGCUGCUGGAGAUCCAAGUGCAGCGCCAGCUUCAACAUGCCAACGUGCUGCCGCUCGAAGCCGCCGAGGUGAGAAGGUGCUCGGAGGCUCAGGGCCGCGCGGAGAAGGAGGCGCUCAUGGUGUUCCCGCUGGCGACUCGGGGCUCGCUGCAGACGCUUCUGGAGCAGACGGCGACGCGGGGCGCUGGGGCCUUCACGGAGGCGGAGUGCCUGCACUUCUUCCAGAGAUUAUUGGAUGCAGUGGCGGCGCUGCACGACCUCGGCUUCGCUCACCGAGACUUGAAGCCUAGCAACAUUUUGCUGUCUGAGCACGACCCAGUGCAGCCUCUGCUCAUGGACUUUGGCUCGGUCGCUCCGCUGCGAGUGCAGCUGAGGGGGCCGAAGGACUGCAGGAAGCUGUGGGAGGACGCGGCGAGAUACAGCAGCGCUGCGUAUCGAGCGCCAGAGUUAUGGGACGUUGGGACCGGCGUGGCUGAGCUGGGUGUAGUUGAUGGACGGGCGGAUGUGUGGUCGCUGGGGUGCGUGCUGUACGCGAUGGCGUUUGGCCCGUUCUCUCCGUUUGAGCACCCGCGAGACGGCGUGCAGCAGCUCGCGAUCGUCAACGGCUACGUGAGCUUCCCACACGGCAACAUGCACUGUGGACAGGUCUUCAGUGCGACGUUCACGGCACUGAUCAAGUGGAUCCUCACCCCGGAUGUAGCAGAGCGCCCGAAACUCGAAGGUGUGCGGCUGUGCAUCAACCAACUGCUCAAUCCAGCGCCUCGUAAGCAACCGUCCGUUAGAAUGAGAAGGCUAUCCUCACGAAAGCACCGCCACAGUGCUACUGAGGGUCCGAAGACUUAUCAAGAUCCAGAACAGGAUUGGGCUGAUUUUUCAGCAUUCGAGGAGCCAAAGUCGAUGAACUCAGAGCGUUCGUCGUCCAGAGCAGUGAGAUCACGAACGUCGUCAGCAGUAUUAAAGCCACCGCUAGCGAGUCGCGGUAGCAGCACAAGGAGGGCGUCGGUGACAAGGCAAGCAAGCGCAUCAUCGAUAACUGGGGAUGGAUUGAGCGAUUCCGACCGGAAACGUACUCUGUCACGCACAGGCAAAGAGUUGUGGGUCAAGGCGUUGGAAGCUCAAACUGCAGUCUAA